UUACAUUCGUUUUAUAUGAGUGAGUAAUGACUAUUUAUUAGCCAAACCUUUUUCGGAUUCUUUUUUAUUAGUCAGACUUAUCGAAAUACUCAAAAAUUAGCCAAAUGUUUUGUAAUGCAUCAAAAUAUUAGCAUUUUUUACGUUAUCGUUAAUAAUUUUGUAACUAUUUUCUUACUCCAUAUCAGUAUUAUGUUUGCAAGUCAAUAUUACUAACAAAAUUACUAAUCACAAAUUAACAUUUAGCUAAUUAUUAGUAAUUAAAUAAAUUGGCUAAUAAAAAAAAAUCUUUGAAAAAAAGUUUGACUAUUAAAUAGUCGGUAAUAUGAUUCAAUCCAAAUAUACUUUUGGUCGGAUAUAAUCAGAUACAGUCAUACAGACGAAACUCUAAAGUGUUGCAGAACCUAGCAGUUAGUACUUAGUACUGGUGUACUAUUGAGUUAUUGACUGGGCACCUUUUAUUGGAUCCGCAACUUCACUAUUUUUCGUCACUCUAUCAUUUCUGCAGCUCAAUUCUCCGAUUUCCUCAUCGGCGAGUCCACCUCCGGCAACGCUACAGAUCGGGAGCCGACUGGCAAGGUACUCCUCUUCCUCUCCCCUCUAAUUCCCUAACAUCUGUCUUGGGUGUGAUCUUUGAUUUUCAGGUUUAGAAAGAAACCGUCCAAAUUUCUUCCUCUCUUUCCAGUCAGGAAAUCUCGAAUUAGUCUCCCUCUUCUUGUUAGAUUUACGGGUUUUGAAUUCAUUUGUGCUGCGCUGAUAAAAUGAUUUGGGUGUGUGAUAUCUCGAUUUGAUCUGUGUGAUUUGGGGCUUGACUCCGUCAUUUGAUUAGCGAUCGUGUAGAUCUGUUGAGAGUUGAGUUAGUUGCGUAAAUGGUAAAAUUUUGGAAAUGCCAAAUGGCUCGCAACCACUACUUGGUUCUGUAUUCACUUUGUUUGAUAUAUCGUCUGUCCUCGGUUCUUUUCCUCUAGCUGAAUUCGGUUAUGAUGUUGCCUGAGAUGCCUUGUUUGUUGGUUUUUCUUUUUGUUGGAUGUCUGCGUUAUUGCUAUCCUACCAUUGCAAUCAUAGCUUCAGAAUUCAUGAUUUGCCUGGUGCACCUUGAAGUAAAAGGGUUUUAUUGUGAAAUUACCAGAUAUUGAAAGUGGGGUGAUGGAGAAAUCAUGUUCUUUGCUGGUCCACUUCGACAAAGGAACACCAGCGAUUGCAAACGAGAUCAAGGAAGCUCUAGAAGGGAAUGACGUUCUAGCCAAGAUUGAUGCUAUGAAGAAGGCAGUCAGUCUUCUGUUGAAUGGCGAAACCCUUCCUCAGCUUUUCAUCACAAUUAUUAGGUAUGUUUUGCCUUCUGAGGAUCACACCAUACAGAGGCUAUUGCUGCUCUACUUGGAAAUCAUUGACAAGAAAGAUGCUUCUGGAAAGCUUCUACCUGAGAUGAUAUUGAUAUGCCAAAACUUGAGAAACAAUCUUCAACACCCAAACGAGUACAUUCGUGGGGUGACUUUGAGGUUUCUUUGCCGGCUUCAUGAGACCGAAAUAAUAGAGCCGUUGAUUCCCUCGGUGCUGCAAAAUCUGGAGCAUCGACAUCCCUUUAUCAGGAGGAAUGCCAUCUUUGCAGUUAUGUCAAUAUAUAAGCUUCCCCAGGGUGACCAGCUUCUGGUUGAUGCUCCUGAAAUGAUUGAAAAGGCCCUUUCCACUGAGCAUGAUCAAUCAGCAAAGAGGAAUGCAUUUCUGAUGCUUUUCACUUGUGCGCAAGAGCGAGCUAUUAAUUACCUUUUCAGCCAUGUGGAUAAGAUCCCGGAAUGGGGGGAGCAGCUUCAAAUGGUUGUUUUGGAGUUGAUUCAUAAAGUGUGUAGAACAGAUAAGGGAGAGAAAAAGGGGAAAUACAUAACAAUCAUCAUAUCUUUGUUGAAUGCCACUUCUAGUGCUGUGGUUUAUGAGUGUGCUGGGACACUUGUUUCUUUGUCAUCUGCACCUACUGCUAUUAAAGCUGCUGCUAACACUUAUGGACAACUUCUCCUGUCUCAGAGUGAUAACAAUGUCAAGCUCAUUGUGCUUGAUCGACUGCAGGAGCUUAAGUCUUCUCACAGGGAAAUCAUGGUUGAUAUGGUUAUGGAUGUGCUUAGGGCACUCUCGAGCCCCAAUCUUGAUAUACGCCGGAAGACCCUUGAUAUUAUCCUUGACCUGAUCACUGCACGCAAUGUGAAUGAAAUUGUGCAGAUGUUGAAGAAGGAAGUUGUCAAGACUCAGAGCGGAGAGCUUGAGAAGAAUGGUGAGUAUAGGCAGAUGCUUAUUCAAGCCAUCCAUUCUUGUGCUAUUAAGUUCCCGGAGGUUGCAAGCACGGUGGUUCAUUUGUUGAUGGAUUUCCUUGGAGAUAGCAACAUUGCUUCAGCUAUUGACGUGGUCAUUUUUGUUCGAGAAAUAAUUGAAACCAAUCCGAAACUCAGAGUUUCAAUAGUAACAAGGUUGUUGGAUACUUUUUACCAGAUCCGAGCUGCCAGGGUAUGCGCCGGUGCUCUUUGGAUCGUUGGAGAGUACUGCCUUUCCCUCUCUGAAGUUGAGAGUGGCAUAGCAACAAUCAAGCAGUGUCUUGGGGAACUGCCCUUUUUCUCUAUAACAGAAGAAGGUGAAGUUACUGAUACUUCCAAAAGGCCUCCACAACAAGCAAGUUCAAUCACUGUUUCUUCAAGAAGACCUGCUGUCCUUUCUGAUGGGACAUAUGCGACACAAAAUGCUGCUUCUGAAACUGCCUUUGCCGCUCCUACUAUGGUUCAGGGGUCAUUAUCUUCUGGAAACUUGAGAUCCCUUCUUCUCACCGGUGAUUUUUUCCUUGCCGCAGUUGUAGCCUGCACUUUGACCAAACUUGUACUGAGAUUGGAGGAGGUACAGUCUUCUAAGGUAGAGGUGAACAAAGCUGCCACUCAGGCUUUGUUGAUAAUGGUCUCCAUGCUGCAAUUGGGGCAUUCUUCUGUUCUGCCUCAUCCAAUUGACAGUGAUUCUUAUGAUAGGAUUCUUCUGUGUAUAAGAUUGCUAUCCAAUACUGGUGAUGACAUUCGGAAGAUAUGGUUGCAGUCAUGCCGUCAAAGUUUUGUGAAAAUGCUCUCAGAAAAGCAAUUGAGAGAGACCGAGGAAUUGAAGGCAAAGGCUCAAGUUUCUCACGCACAACCAGAUGAUCUUAUUGACUUUUAUCACUUGAAGAGCAGGAAGGGUAUGAGUCAGCUCGAGUUAGAAGACGAAGUUCAGGAUGAUUUAAAACGUGCAACAGGAGAGUUUAUCAAUGAUGGCAAUGAUACAAAUAAGCUUAACCGAAUUCUUCAGCUCACUGGAUUUAGUGACCCUGUAUAUGCUGAAGCAUAUGUCACGGUUCAUCACUAUGAUAUUGUACUUGAUGUCACUGUUAUCAAUAGGACAAAGGAAACUCUCCAAAACUUAUGCCUGGAGUUGGCUACAAUGGGGGAUCUCAAACUAGUCGAACGACCCCAGAAUUAUGCUUUGGCUCCCGAAUCAAGCAAACAGAUAAAGGCUAACAUCAAGGUCUCCUCAACUGAGACGGGGGUUAUUUUUGGGAACAUAGUAUAUGAGACAUCAAAUGUGUUUGAACGGACCGUUGUUGUCCUUAACGAUAUCCACAUUGAUAUCAUGGACUAUAUUUCUCCUGCAUUUUGCUCAGAUGCUGCAUUUAGAACCAUGUGGGCAGAGUUUGAAUGGGAAAAUAAGGUUGCUGUUAACACAACGAUUCAGGAUGAGAAGGAAUUCCUGGACCACAUCAUGAAGUCAACGAACAUGAAGUGCCUCACUGCGCCGUCUGCACUGGAUGGAGAGUGUGGAUUCCUAGCUGCCAACCUGUAUGCGAAGAGCGUGUUUGGUGAGGAUGCUUUGGUGAAUAUAAGUCUGGAGAAGCAGGGAGAUGGGAAGCUCAGUGGGUACAUUAGGAUAAGGAGCAAGACCCAGGGAAUUGCGCUGAGCUUGGGCGAUAAAAUCACCCUUAAGCAGAAGGGUGGAGGUAGUUGAUGUGGGAAUGAUCCAGGUUAGAAACACACAGGUAACCCAUAUUUCCCCCAUAAUCUCAAGCAUGUGUUUAAGGGUGGCUAACUUGUUAACAGUUUAAUUGAAGAUGCAUUACAUGGUUUCAGGCAUACUUAAUCAGUUUUCAAUUUUAAGUUAAGGGUUUUUGUUUUGAAAACUGGAAACAUAAUUGAGAAACUUGAUAUUUAGGAGGGAUAAUUCAAUUCGAUUUCGAUUCCAUGAAUGCUCUUCAAAUAAAGUGAAAAAGAAAAAUAAAUGACCGAAUUGAAAUUUAGAUCGGGCCAAAUUGGAGCAAAUGAGUUUUUGGUCGCUUUGGUCUCCCUUCUCUACUUUUGUCCUGUCCAUUCUCGGUUUGGUCCGAUUCUGGAUCUAACCCGGUCAUGCCCACCCCUACCCUUGAUAUAUAAAAACAAAAGAUUAUUUGUGUAAAGGGUUAAUACUUUAAUUUGGCUCGAACUAUAGAAAAACUUUUUACAUUGGCCCGUGGUAUCGGAAAUUGCUAUCUUGGCCUAAACUAUGUAGCAUACUUUCUUAUUUGGUUCGGAGGCGGGUUUGACCGUUAAAUUGGAUGGUCAACCGAGUUGACCGUUAGUCAAGUUCCACCUCACUUGCCACGUCAGCUAUCAGGGAAUAAAAAUUUAAUUUUUUUAUUUUUUUAUUUUGAAUUUUGUUUAUUUUCUAACAAUAAAAAUAAUAAACGAAAAAAAUUAAUUAAAAGAGCUCUCCAAAUUAUUUUUAAUUAAUUUUAGAAAUUCAAUAAAAUUAAUUUUUUUAUUUUCUGAUAGCUGACGUGGCAAGUGAGGUGGACUUGGGCUAACGGUAAACUCGGUUGACCGUCUAAUUUGACAGUCAAACCCACCUCCAGGCCAAAUAAGAAAGUAUUCUACAUAGUUUAGGCCAAAAUAGCAAUUUCCGAUACCACGGGUCAAAGUAGAAAGUUUGUCUAUAGUUCGGGCCAAACUAAAGUAUUAACCCUUGUGCAAAAUAAUUGAAAUAUGAGGGAAUAAGUUUCAACAAAACCCACCAAAUGGGGAACAGGAUGUACCAAUCCAGUGAACUUUAUGAAUACCGGUUCUGAUCCUAGUUGUGAACAGUUAUGAGUUUCAAUUAUAAACUUAUCAUGCUUUUAGUUGGGCGAAUCAGACUGAACCAGUUAACCGCCUCCUAUUUGUCCAGUAGGCAGUAUCCAUUGAUCGGUUUGUGUUAUCGUUUUCAGGUGCUACCUGCAAAUUUUCAAAGCUGGAAGAUGCCUCUCAGCAGCCAAAUUUUUUUGCACAUCUGUAUCUAUCUACACUACCUAGGAGGGUUGAAGGAAGUGACUGAUGGGCGUAUUAUACAGUUAUUUCUUGUUAAAAUUUGCAUUGGUUGAGUAAGAUCACGACCCAAAUAGAUGGUCUCGAGUUUCAACCCCCCAUGGAUAUAGCAAGCAAUUUUGAUUCUCUAAUCACUUUCCACCCGAGCAGUUUAUCCUUUGUCGCCAACCUUCCAUUAAUGACCAGCAAAACCAACAAGCUGUGUUUUGGAUAAAAAGGCCUCCUCCAAAGGAUGUGUGGCCAGGAUACUGCUACUCCAGACCUUCUAAUUACGGGUGUACCUCUCUUGGUUGGGUCGGUUUUCAUCGUUUUAACCACAUAACCAGUAAGUCUCGGAUUGAAUGAUGGUGAACCCAAACAUAUCCAUAAAUUUCAAUACCCUAUGAUUUUUCUUGAGUUACAGUUCGAUCGGGUUGGAUGAAAGUUCGAUCGGGUUGGAUGAAAAUUCAAUCCAUUAGCGAGAAUAAAAUGUUCAUGUUAAU